AGUGACAUAUUAAAUGAUACCAACUUCGUGAAAACCGGGGAAGCUGCACGCUCGUCGCAUGCAGUGAGCCAGUGAUCGCAAUGGAGUUGGCCGAUUCGGACAAGCCUGUCAGCUGCUCCAUCUGUUGCACGCCACUCAACAGCAAGACCCGUGGCAUAAUAAAGAUCUCUCAGGGCGAAGGCACUAAACCUGUAUCCGAUUUAGCCUGGUCCGAAUUGUUCGAAGGAUCCUUCGACGACGGUUUGCACGAUUCGGAUCAUCUAGUGUGUCGUCAGUGCCAUCGGUUGUUGGAAGAGUAUGGAAACAUUGAAGCAGACUUGCUGGACUGUCGUCGGAGACUCGUGCAACGGUUUCGUGAACCUCGGGUAGGCAUUAAGCAAACUCAAGUGAUCGAAGACAACAGCGCUAAUGAAGAGAACAGAUCAAACAGUUCCCUGUUGGUCGAAAACGUGGAUUUCGACGAUCAAGUCGAAGAGAUGCUUCUCAUGAGUCCAGAGUUGACCAACGGGGACGUCAGUCCCAUUUCCGAUUUCGAUUCCGAUUUUGAUCUGGACAAACCCUUCAGUUCGUCUCCCGUUUCUCGUGUUCCAGUGAAGAAGGCCAAGAAAAUCCGGAAACCUGGAAAUAUGCACUGUCAGAUAUGCAAGGCGAUGUUUCCGUCGAAUGAUAAAAACCUGAUCUCCGAACACUACGAGAGUCACGAGGACAGAUUCUCUGCGGAAUUGGCAAACUUUCCUUUCAUCUGCGAAAUUUGCGGGCAACGCUUCUCCACUCAAAUCAAGCUCAAGACGCAUUCUUUGCGAAGACACAAAAACGCCGCUUCUGCGUCGAAUGAAAGUCGUCAGUGUCCCGCGUGUGAUCAAAAGUUCUCCAACAAGCGAGAUUUCGGUCGUCACGUGAGAGAACACGAACUCAACGACCAGAGUGUUUUCAGAUGCUCGAUAUGUGAUUUAAAUUUUGUCAAUUACGCCCGUCUUGUGAAACAUUGUAAUGGGAAUCAUAAGGAAGAUCAUCGUUGUAAGUACGGAUGCAUGGAGACGUUCAAAAGCCGAAGUGAGAUCAAUGAGCAUUACCAACACCACGUGGAAGAAAGGCCGCAUUGCUGCAAUGAAUGUGGUUCUAGAUUCGAGAACCCGAGGAGUCUGAAACAGCACCGGAGAAGCCAUCAAGAAGGCCGAGAAGUCAUCAGAUGCAACCUGUGCGACUCCUCGUUUGCCACUCGAGCGGAACGCAAACAACACCUGCUGACCCACGGAACCAACUGCGAAAUUUGCGGGAAAAUCCUGAGUUCCGUGCAAACCCUGGUGGACCACCUGCGAAUGCAUCACCAAGAGCGGAAAUUCUCGUGCCAAAUGUGCGGCAUGUUGUUCUCCUCGCAAAACGCUCUCAAGGCCCACGUGUUGCGACACACGGGCGGGCCAAAGUUCCAGUGCGAAGUUUGCGGCAAGGUGUUUAAUUAUCAGACGAAUUUGGACGCCCAUUUCCGAGCGACGCACAUGCAGGACGCCACUUUCAAGUGUCCCGAAUGCCCAAAGAAUUAUGGAUCUCUCGGCUCUCUGCGCCGACACGUCAAUUCCGUUCAUCAGAUGAAUCGCAAAUAUUCGUGCAAUAUUUGUGGACAGUCUUUCUUGUAUUCUAGCUCCAUGUUGAAGCACAGAAGAACCCACACGGGCGAGCGGAAAUACCCGUGCCCCGUGUGCAACAAGGCCUUUUCCUCGUGGGACAAUCGCUACUCGCACAUGUUCAUCCACGGCGACAAGAAACCCUUCGAGUGCGCCAUUUGCAGCCAGGGUUUCCCCAGGAAACACCACAUUCUCACGCACUUGAAAACGUCGCACCCGGCCGAAGCGAGCUCCCUGGACCACACGAUCCUGAUGCCGGCAGGCAAUCUGCAUUCCACGAUCAAAACCGAACACGGUGCCGAGAUCAUCUUGUCGUCGACGGGCGGGCCAGGCACAGCCGCCGUCGAGAUUCAAACGUCGCCGUUGCCCGACGGCAUGGACGGCUCGGGCCAGCAACUCGUCCCGAUGCUCAUGCCCUCGGGCUCGGGCGAGGACGGAGAAACAGCCGCGCAGUUUCUAUUGAUUCCUGUGAGCUAACUUUGUGCGCCCCCAUUUUUUGUCUUUUUUUUUUGAAAGUCUUGUCUUCGACGUUUUAAAAAGAAAAUGAGGAGAUUAGUUCAGCUCAAGAAAGAAAAAAGAGAGAAAGAGGAUAAACGAGGCUACAAAAGGCAUGUUAUGCGUGACGUAAUGAUGUGGUUGGUAUGUCGAGGAGAAGGUGGUUCGUUUUUUUUUUUUUUUUUUU